AUGGAGUCAUGGUCAGAACUAUGUAAUCCUAUAGCAUCUGCGACACCAUUUAGUUAUGUGAAUACUGAGCAUAUCUGUGGAAGACCUUUGGGACUCAGAUUUGACAAGAAAACAGGUGAUUUGUACAUUGCAGAUGCAUAUUUUGGUCUGAUGACAGUGGGGCCCAAGGGUGGUUUAGCUACUUCUCUUGUAACUGAGGCGGAAGGUGUGCCACUAAGAUUCACUAAUGAUGUUGACAUUGAUACGGAAGGGAAUGUUUAUUUUACUGAGAGCAGCGCUAAAUAUCAGAGGAGGAAUUUCAUUCAGCUGGUGUUUUCUGCGGACGAUACUGGCAGGGUUUUGAAAUACAACACUGUCAUUAAGGAAACCACUGUUAUGAGAAACAUUCAAUUCCCAAAUGGAAUUUCCUUAAGCAAGGAUGGUUCCUUCUUUGUCUUUUGUGAAGGGGUUAUUGGCAGGUUACGUAAAUACUGGCUGAAAGGAGAGAAAGCUGGGACUUCAGAGAUCAUGGCCAUACUACCUGGAUAUCCUGACAAUGUGAGAGUCAAUGAAAAUGGUGAUUUUUGGGUGGCUCUUCAUUGUAGAAGGAAUAUGUACACAUACAUUAAUGGUCUCUACCCAAACAUUAGGAUAGUCAUACUCAAGCUUCCUAUACCAACAAAGAUUCAGUACCUGUUUCAAAUUGGAGUGAGGGCGAGGACCACGAAACGAACCAGAAGAAGCAGCAGCCAAUGAGGGAUUUCCAGAAACAGAUGAUGGGGGUGCACCGGAAGCGGAGUUCAGUAAAGGAGUGUCAGGUAAAAGCGGUGGAGAAGUGGUGAUCUGUCGUUGACGUUCUUCCUGAAGCACAAGAGAAAAAAUUCGACUCAGCUGUGGGAGAGGUUCCAUGAGAAGAAUUUGUGCUCGGACAGAGAAGAAAGAAUCAUUGAGCCCCAUUAAGAAUUGUAUCGCUUGAUCUUGCUGGCGAAGAUCAAGAAAAGAACGAGAAGCACCACAGAUGCAAUUCGGAGUAGGAGCAUAAUCAUGAAGUUCAUCCCAAAGAACUUUGAUACGAGUAUAGUAACCAUUGACAUCGAGACUCCCCUGAGUAAGAGAAGAAAUUUGUUGUUUUAACUGGAAAAUUUUCGGACCAUUGGCCUGAAGAAAACAAGUGCGUAGAUCUGACCAAAUCUCAGAUGCAGAGGAGAAGUAGAGAAGACUAUCAGCGAUAUCUUUUGAAACGGAAUUUAAAAUCCAUGAAGUCACCAUUGAAUUGCAACGACUCCAUGAAGAAUAAAGUAGAUCACUGGUGGCAGGACGAGGCAGAGAGCCAUCAACAAACACAAGUUUGUUUUUCGCAGAGAAAGCAAUCAUCAUUGCUCUGCUCCAUGAAUGAAAAUUAGCACCAAUAAGAACAUGGGUGACUAGAACAAGUCCAGAAUGAUCACCACUGCUCAAAAAAUACGGACUGGAAUGAUCGUCCAUGGAAGGAGGAGUAGAAACGGUGGACGAUGAGGUGGCUGCUCGAUUGGUGUUAUUAUUUGAGCCACGAGCCAUGACAACAGCAAGGGCUAAAUUCCAUCUAAUACCAUAUUAGUAAAGAUAGAAGAAGAAGAGGGAAAGAAAAUCAUGACUGAAAAAUAUUCUCGUGUAUUCAUUCAUCUGUCUGUUUUGCUAAACAGUAACCAUCUAUAUACAAGAGUAU